AAUUCAGCUCCCAGCAUCAAUGAAAGACUCCUCCGAGGGCUCUAUGCAUAUUAACCGUUGCUGACGCUCCCUUUCGAGUCGAGCUCUUACUACCGACAAACACGGCCACUCCGUGCAUUCGCAUACUCAAGUGCAAAGCAGAGAAAGAGGAAAGGAAAGAAAGCUAAUCCCAGCAAUGUCCGCGACAUCGCCGCAAGACGUCAGCAGUGGUAGUGCGUCCUCCGCGCCGGAGUCUCACCCGCGCGGUCAGGCGCGCAAAGAGGUUACCUCGGAUGACGUAGGGACGGAAGCAGCAGCCGAAGGACAAGAUGAUGAAACCGGGGAAGUACAAGCACAGCAGCGGGCGGAGGAUCGAAGCACGUCCGAGAUUGCGCGGCAGGAAGAGGAGGAUGUACACCCAGAGGCGGAAGAAGGAGAGGCAGAGGCAGAUGUGCGACACGAAGACGAUGAUACACAAAAAGAAGAUGGAGAAGCAGACGAAGACGAAGACCAACAAGACACAUCAGCCUCGGCGCCACCAUUACCAGACGAAGUGCCCCCACCGCUCCCCAACGAAGUGCCGCCCGGCGAGGACGAUGGAUGGGAACCGGUCUGGGAUGCCAACGCCCAGGCCUACUACUUCUACAAUCGCCUCACCGGGGUAUCACAGUGGGAGAAUCCGCGGGUACCGGAUGCCUCGUCCUCCUCCGCUGCCGCCGCUGCCCCCGCCGAAGCCGAAGACGACAGCAGCGCUCAGGAACCGCGCGCUCCCGUCCUGGGCGGCUACAAUCCUGCCAUCCACGGCGACUACGACCCCACGGCGCCGUAUGCGCAGCAGUAUGAGCGACAGGAGGAGGCCGGGGCCGCCGCGAUGGACGCGAACCAGGCGUAUGAGGCGGUGGGCGCCUUCAACCGGUUUACCGGCCGGUGGCAGGCGGCCUCGCAGAACCCGGAAUAUCACAAUGAUGAGAACAAGUCCCGGCGGCAGAUGUAUGCUUUCUUCGACGUGGACGCUGCGGCCAACAGUCAUGAUGGUCGCAGUUUGCGGGCGGAACGCAGUGCCAAGAAGCUUACCAAGGCGGAGCUCAAGAUGUUCAAGGAAAAGCGGCGGGAGAAGAAGGAAGAGAAGCGCCGCGCAUGGUUGAGGGACUGAUGGAACUUAGUACCCUCUCUCCGGUCUGCCUUCUUAUCUUAUCUGUUGUGUGCUGAGAUACCUUUCCCGCGUCUUCUCUAUCUCCUUUUCUUGCUGUGUGUAUGUUAAAUAGUGGCUAGGUUAUAUUGGCGCUUUAUGUAAGUUAUAAGAUGCACAAUAGAGCCACUGAAU